GUGUGAUCUAUCUUUAAGUGGGCGGUGCUUAUAUCAAAAUGGAGUUUUGGAGGGAAUAUCGUCCAAGGACUUCCACAGACUCCCUAGCGAUGGGGAUAACAAUGACUGCCCUUCCUAUUGGGUACUUACACGCAAUACUAUGGGUCACUCCGGCCCUGUAUCCUUUGGAUGAACGUUACAGCGAGGAAGACCUCAUUAGCCAUCAAAAAUGGCGCAUAGCUCACUGGCUGUCCAUGACUUAUCUAUUCGUCUCAAUAGUGGCUGAUAUAUACCUUGUACUUACCACCGACUCGACCUGUAAGAGUCUCACGCUUCCAGAUAUACCACAGAGCGGAUGGGCUCACUGUCCUUAUUGCAAUCACCCUGCUCCUCCACGAACCCAUCACUGCAGGACUUGUAAGAAAUGUGUCUUGCGUAGGGAUCAUCACUGCUUCUUUAUAGGCCGCUGCAUCGGUUACUUUAAUCACAAAUAUUUCCUCUUACUUCUUUUGCAUGCAAUGACAGCUUCGUUCUAUGGCAUCGUGAUGAGCUACAAGCUUCUGGUGUUCUUGAAUGGAGGAUUUUCGCUAGCUCUGCUAGGGACAGCAGUGUUUCCUAUAUUGCUUUGGAUGUUACAGAUUGUUCCCGUCCAUCCCAUCCUCCUCAUAGCGACUGGUUGUGCGAUGCUCUUCACUGUCAUGUGUGGCGGCUUAUUGGCCAUGCAUGGCUGGAAUCUUUAUAACGGUCAAACGUAUUGGGAAUCUCAGCAGAAGCUGCCUCAAACGAGAGGAUUACUGCAUAACAUUGUGGAUUUGAUGGGUACUAGGUGGUGGCUCAUAAUUUUAUGUCCAUUGUUAUCGUCACCUCAGCCCGGGGAUGGAAUGCAUUAUUCAUCUUACAAGAGCAAAAAGCCUGUCUCUACCAGGAAUCAAGACAGUGUAAAUAAUAAGACGGCAAGAAAAAUGGCAAAGGAACUGUAGCUUGAACAUUUUCCCAAUUUAUUUUAUUUGAUUGUCGCUUUAUUAUUAAGUAAAUGUAGCGAAUUCAAACCUUUUAUGUAGUUCAUUAUUACUUUAUUAAUAAAAAAUAGUUGAUUACUA